UUUUUUUUUUUUUAAAUUUAUAUACAUUAUGGUUACUGAAAUUUUAUUCAACGAAAAUAAUGGUUAUGUAGAUGGUAUUCUUCGAGGUUAUCGUUCUGGUAUCUUGACUUCAUCUCAGUACCUCAACUUUACUCAAUGUGAAACACUUGAAGAUCUUCGUUUACAAAUUGGAGCUACGGAUUAUGGUACUUUGUUACAGAAUGAACCUUCUCCUAUUGCCACUUCAACCAUCUCUGAAAAAUUGACUCAACGACUUGUAGAAGAUUUUGAAUAUAUUCGGUCUGUUGCUACUGAACCUUUAGCCAAAUUCUUGGACUAUAUCACUUAUCAAUAUAUGAUCGACAAUGUGAUUUUACUUAUUACUGGUACUUUACAUGAACGCGAUACUCAUGAACUCUUGGAACGAUGUCAUCCUCUUGGUGUUUUUGAUUCUAUGCCUGCUUUAUGUGUUGCUACUACUGUUGCUGAAUUGUAUAAUACUGUCCUUGUUGAAACUCCUUUGGCCCCUUAUUUCGCCAAUUGUCUGAGUGCUCAUGAUUUGGAUGAACUCAAUAUUGAAAUCAUUCGUAACACUUUAUAUAAAGCCUAUCUUGAAGAUUUUUAUCAAUUCUGUCAAACUUUGGAUGGUCCUACUGCUGAAGUGAUGGGUGAUAUUUUACGGUUUGAAGCUGAUCGUCGUACUGUUAAUAUUACUAUCAAUUCAUUCCGUACAGAAUUGACGAAAGAAGAUCGCAAGAAAUUAUUCCCUACCAUUGGAAGAUUGUACCCUGAUGGCAAUGCUCGAUUAGCCCAAGCUGAUGAAGUGGAACAAGUCAAAGCAGUAUGUGAUGUGAUCCAUGAAUAUCGUGGAUUUUUUGAUUCGACAUCUAACAAGACAUUGGAAGAUAUGUUUUUUGAACAAGAAGUCUUUUUGAACCGAUUGGCCUUCCAACAACAAUUCAACUUUGGUGUCUUUUAUGCCUAUGUCAAAUUGAAGGAACAAGAAAUUCGCAACAUUGUUUGGAUCGCUGAAUGUAUUUCUCAAAAUCAAAAGGAUAGAAUUAGCUCUUAUAUCCCUGUGAUGUGAUUCAAUUUCCCUACAUGGAUCAAUAUAGCUUUUAUUUAGUUACCCCUCUUGUUUUUUUUUUCUAUUAUGAUUAUUUGAAUAAAGAUAGUUUGUAUUCUCUAUUAAAAAAAA